AGUCGAAUUCGUAUAAGGUGGAAUCAGCCGGUUGUUGUUAUUGGCGCGUUUUGUAAAUUUUGAGGGCUUUUAUUUACAUAUUUCAUGUUUUAUAUAAUUUGAAUUAUUAAUAAAUUAUUGCUAAUAUGUCCUCCAUGUACGGUGGCGAUGUUGUCGACGACAUACUCAGUGGUAAUUUGCAUGAUUUACCCAGCGAUGAAGAGAAUGGGCAUAACGAAAUGGGUAUGGAAGGACUUUUUGGCGCUGAUGGUGAAGUUGCUGGAAACGCUGAAGCUGAGGAAGGUGAACAGCAAGGCGUAAAGGUGGAACCAAAAAAACGCACAGUACGGAAUCCACGUCCUAAAUUAUCACUUGACGUACUGAGCGGCACACGUGGUAUACACACCAUCGAGGACUAUUUCAAGGAUAUACAGUUCAAGGGAAAGGGUCACGAAAAGCGCGAUCUUGACGAGGUGAUGCGGCGUAUGACACAUUGGGCACAUCGUAUGUACCCAAACUACACAUUCGACGAUGUCUUAACGAAUAUAGAGCGUAUUGGCAAGAAAAAGUCGCUACAAGUGCAUAUGUCACGCUAUCGGCUUGGUAUGUUGGACCACUUGAAAGCGACUGGAGAUCAAAUGCAUGAAGAUGAAGAUGAUGCUGCUGCAGAUGCCGAACCAGUAGAUGAACCAUUCGACGAAUUUGAUGCACUGUUGGGUGAACAAAUUGCCAUUUCUAAGCUGGCCCCUCGUACGCCUUCUCAUUACAGCAGCGAAGGGGGUGACGGUGUUAAUGCUACAUUCACCGGCGCCAGCAGCAGUAGUACAUUGGCAACACCUUCAUUUAAUCGAGGUAAUGCGGUUAUGUCCACACCAUACACGCACGGGGGAAAGUUGGGAAAUAAACUAAACGACAGUGAUUUGGCGCGACCACUGCCACCUUCACAGCCUGCAUCGCCCGCACCGGUGCCUAAAUUGACAGCAGAGCAAAUGGCGCGAAUAGCUGAAAAUCGGCGAAUUGCAUUGGAACGUUUGAAAGCGAAAAAGGAGCGAUUGCAACAGCAGCAGGAAAGUGGAGCUGCUGGCGGAACCAUGGCGAUUGCAGAGGAAACAUAACAUAACAUUAGAAUGAUGUUUUUUAAAGGAUGCCUGCUUAUCAUUAGUGAACUAACCUAUAUUGAAGCACUCAAUAAUUUAAGAUAUGCAGGUAGUCUAUUAUACAUACAUAUGUACAUACAUACAGGCUGACCAAUUGAAUUAUACAUUAUGUAUGUAAUAUA